AUGACGUUAUUCUUUGUUUUAUUUUACGUCUUUUUCUUGGCAUUAGCUGCUGAGGUCCGUAUUUUCAAUCUUAAAGGAACCGGGGAACUUACUCCUGUUCUGGUCGAUUCAGCCAAUGGCGUCUUAUACGGCGCUGUAGAAGUUCCUGAUGAACUCGACCUUUAUUUACACUCCAAUGGUGAGCUAGAAACAUUCAAUGGUCAUUUCUUGAAGCUUACUCCUUUUGGGAUAGUCGAAACUGAUACUCCAGAAACCCAAGCUUGGGGUGUCACACAGAUUGAUGGCAAGGACGUCUUGACUUAUGACGGAAACGCUCAGUUUUACUAUGGGACUGACCAACAUCAGGGAAUGGACCGGUCUUUUACCCAGCAGAAAUACUUUUUUAGCCAAUCGGUUAAUUUAGAAGUAAGGGAUAUUAAUGAUGGAGUGGACACUGCUGCUGAACCACCUAAUGUAACUGAACCUAAUAUUGGAGAUGAUGCUCAAACUCUUGAUGAGGGUGGUGAUGUUACUGAACCUGCUGGAGGAGACGUUACUGAACCUGAUGGUGGUCAGGUAGCUGAUCCUGCUGGUGGUGUUACCGAUCCUGAUGGUGGUCAGGUAACUGAUCCUGAUGGUGGUCAGGUAACCGAUCCUGCUGGUGGAGGUACUACUGAUUUGGGUGGUGGUGAUACAACCGACAUCGGUGGUGGUGAUACAACCGACAUCGGUGGUGGUGAUACAACCGACAUCGGUGGUGGUGAUACAACCGACAUCGGUGGUGGUGAUACAACCGACAUUGGUGGAGGUACUACUGAUUUGGGUGGUGGCGAUACAACCGACAUUGGUGGAGGUACUACUGACACGAGUGAUGAUGGUGGACAUACCUGGCAUGAUGGAACUGAUACUAGUGAAAUCGGUGGGGGUACCUCCGAUGAUGGACAUUCUGCUACUACUAUUGAUGGAGGAAGCCAUUCUACCGAUGAUACUGAUAACAACAAUCAUUCUGGUACCAAUAAUCAAUCUGGUACCAAUAACCAAUCUGGUACCAAUAACCAAUCUGGUACCAAUAACCAAUCUGGCACCAAUAAUCAAUCUGGUAAUAAUCAAUCUGGAAAUAAUCAAUCUGGAAAUAAUCAAUCUGGAAAUAAUCAAUCUGGAAAUAAUCAAUCUGGAAAUAAUCAAUCUGGAAAUCAAUCUGGAAAUAAUCAAUCUGGAAAUAAUCAAUCUGGAAAUAAUCAAUCUGGUAAUAAUCAAUCUGGUAAUAAUCAAUCUAGUAAUAAUCAAUCUGGUAACAAACCUGGUACCAAUCAAUCUAGUACUACCAUUACGCAUUCUGCUACCACCCAUGACAAUUCAGGGCCAACCAUUUCAUUGGGAGGUUGGCAAGCGUUUGUGCUUAUUGUCUUGUCUUUAUUUUAGUCUCUCUAUUUAGUCUUACUCUUUAGUUGAAAUCCAUGUUUUCAUAAUAUAUAAAAA